AUGUCUGUCGACAUCGCAACCUGCAAUAAGAACAGUACAUUUCGUAAUAAUGCUCUAUUAUUUUUUAUUGAUAAUGAAAUUGAAUUUAUUCAUUUAAAUGUAAAACAGAUUUAUCGUCUCUUCAUUACACUUUCAUCUGUUGCUUACAUUAUUUAUUACAUGAAUAAAGAUUUAUUAAAUUGUUUUAUUGUACCAAGUGGACAAGUUCCAUUGGCACUUAUGUGGGGUUUACAUUUAUUACAUCUACUUGGAUUAAAUAUUUUUGUCGUUCUGACGGUCAAACAAAAUUGGAAUAAAGUUGAUGAAGAAAAAGAUGGCGAACAUAUUGAUCAUCAAUCCCCGUAUUUCUCUUAUAUUUACAUUGUCACUGUUUUAAUUUUAUUUCCUAUUAUAUUUCUACUUCUUUGUAUAUUUAUACAUGUCGGAUUUCUACUGUUUUAUGUGGUAUGGAUAUUUAUGUUUCAUCAAACAUGGCAACCACCUCCAUCUCAGAAUUUAUUAAAUGAAAAUCGAAAAAAUGUACGAAAUAUUCGUUUAAAUGAUUUAAAUCAUAUUUAUUGUUCAAAUAUUUGUAGUAUUUUUUUUAAUGGUCCAUUAGAUCGUUAUUAUUCUCGUACGAUUGUGACGCGUUCCACCCGAGUAUUCACCUAUAAAUGGUUAGAAUGUCAUCAUAGUAUUUCGAUUUAUAUUAAUGCUUAUUAUGCUAUGUUCAUUAUUCUAUCUCUACUCGGCUUUGCUGGUCUUACAUUGGCCACAUCGAUGUAUUAUUUCAAUAAUCAACGAGUUAAUGAAGAUUCGACAAAAAAAAUUGAUUUAUUUGGAAAUUAUUUAUUACCUGAUAUGAGUAAUCAAUCAUCUGUCGAAAGAAUGGAAGCUUGCAAUUGGCAAUUUACAGGAUUAAAUAUUCAGGAUAUUGUACUGUUAGCGGCUCUAGCUUAUCAACCUACUCAACAAUUGGAAAAAGAAAUUAAACAUUUUUAUCCGUCUCAGUUUCAAUUUGAAUUAGAUUUAGAACAUAGUCAUUAUCAAGCGUAUGGUUAUGGAAAUAUUACCUAUUUUACGUUGAUAUCAAGAUCACAUGAUAUUCUUAUUGUAUCAAUAAGAGGUACAAAACUAUUGUAUGAAUGGCUGAUUGAUUUCGAUAUGUGGAAUGAGUCAUUUAUUUAUCAAAUUUUAUCCAUUUUAUUUCCUUGGUCAAAAUUAUUUCCUGAAUAUUUAAAUUCUCGUAUUAUUAAACAUUUAUCCAUUCUUGAAAGAUUAGUAAAUCAAAAUUUAAAACAAUCAAAACGUUUUUAUGUUCAACAACUGGUACCAAAAUUAAAAGUUAUUCGACAAAAGUAUCCGAAAAUACGAUCGUUUAUCAUAUUAGGACAUAGUCUCGGUGGAGGAUUAGCUAAAUUAGCCGGAAUAGCGUUGAAUGAUACAAAUGUAUUGAUUUCGAUAUCAGGACCAGGUAUUACCUAUUCACAUGCUAAAAUGGAUGAAACAAAACAUGUUUCAAUGGAUACAAUAAACAAACGAAUAUUUAAUUUAUAUAACGAUAGGGAUAUUGUGUCAUGGGCGGAUAAACAAGAAGGAUUAACUCAACAAAUGAUGUGCCCAAAACAUUUUAAUUUCUUUCAAUGCCAUUACAUAAAUCCAUUUUUAUGCCAUGUAGUUAAAGAAUGUGGAAAUACUAGAUUAUUUCAUGUUAACCAAAAAAUAUGUGAUCUGUAA